AGCAAUGUCUGAAGCGGAGGAGCCUCCUCCAGAAAUAGUUCAGGCUAAUGGGAUUGCAGACGACGGGCAAUCUGUGUCUUCUACGGAUAACUUGGAAUCCGAUUCUAUGCACGGUCAGCAAACUGGUGCUAGAUUCUCUCACGUUCUCCAGAAAGACGCCUUUCUUGUAUUCCGAUCCCUCUGCAAACUUUCAAUGAAACCCCUAGGAGAUGGACCUCCGGAUCCCAAGUCUCACGAGCUACGCUCCAAAGUGAUCUCCCUGCAGCUUCUCCUCUCCGUGUUGCAGAACGCCGGCCCGGUGUUCCGAACCCACGAAAUGUUCAUCAACGCCAUCAAGCAGUACCUGUGCGUGGCGCUGUCCAAGAACGGCGUGUCCUCCGUGCCGGACGUCUUCGAGCUCUCCCUCGCUAUAUUCCUCAGUUUGCUGUCAAACUUUAAAAAGCAUUUAAAAAUGCAGGUCGAGGUGUUUUUCAAAGAAAUCUUCUUAAAUAUUUUGGAGACGCCCUCAAGUUCCUUUGAACAUAAAUGGAUGGUCAUUCAGACUUUGACGAGGAUUUGCGCAGAUGCCCAGUGUGUGGUGGACAUCUACGUUAACUACGACUGUGAUUUGAACGCGGCCAAUAUAUUUGAACGGCUUGUUAGCGAUUUAUCUAAAAUUGCCCAGGGGAGAAGCGGUCACGAGCUUGGGAUGACGCCUUUACAGGAGAUCAGCCUCCGGAAGAAAGGAUUGGAGUGCCUGGUGUCCAUACUGAAGUGUAUGGUGGAAUGGAGCAAAGACCUGUACGUGAAUCCUAACCAUCAGUCCCAUCUCGGCCAGGAAAAGAACUCUGAUGUGGAAAGCAGCGAAAAUAAGACCCCUGAAAUAUUAGGGCGCCGGAGCAGCGCCAGCUCUUUGGAUUCGACUGUAUCUUCGGGAAUCGGUAGCUUCAGCACCCAGGCGUCCGUCGCAGACGACCCGGAGCAGUGCGAAGUCAUAAAGCAGCAGAAGGAAAUUAUCGAGCACGGCAUAGAGUUAUUUAACAAGAAGCCAAAAAGAGGAGUUCAGUUCCUACAGGAGCAGGGGAUGCUUGGCUCCGCGCCCCAGGACAUCGCUCAGUUCCUGCACCAAGAGGACCGUCUGGAUUUUACUCAGAUAGGGGAGUUUCUGGGAGAAAACAAUCGCUUUAACCGCGAGGUGAUGUAUGCCUACGUGGACCAGCUUGACUUCUGCGACAGGGAUUUCGUGUCCGCUCUGCGCAUGUUUCUCGAAGGCUUCCGUCUCCCCGGAGAAGCGCAGAAGAUCGAUAGGCUUAUGGAGAAAUUUGCUGCUCGGUAUUUGGAAUGUAAUCAGAGGCAAACCAUGUUCGCUUGCGCGGACACAGCGUACGUCUUGGCGUAUUCCAUUAUAAUGUUAACGACGGACCUUCACAGUCCUCAGGUAAAGAAUAAAAUGACGAAGGAGCAGUACAUCAAAAUGAACAGAGGCAUCAAUGACAGCAAAGACCUCCCCGAGGAAUACCUGUCUGCCAUCUUCGACGAGAUCGAAGACAAGAAAAUUGCCAUGAAGGAGACCAAAGAGUUUACAAUCGCGACCAAAUCCUCCAAACCGAGUGUCGCCAGCGAGAAGCAGAGACGGUUAUUGUACAAUAUGGAGAUGGAACAAAUGGCGAAGACGGCUAAGGCCCUGAUGGAGGCCGUGAGCCACGCCAAAGCCCCGUUUACCAGCGCCACGCAUCUGGAUCAUGUCAGGCCAAUGUUUAAACUUGUGUGGACGCCGCUGCUGGCCGCCUAUAGCAUUGGGCUGCAGAACUGCGAUGACAACGAGGUGGCGGGACUGUGCCUGGAAGGGAUUCGAUGCGCCAUCCGAAUCGCCUGCAUCUUUGGCAUGCAGCUUGAAAGAGAUGCUUACGUGCAGGCGCUCGCCCGCUUUUCGCUGCUGACGGCCAGCUCCAGCAUCACCGAAAUGAAGCAGAAGAACAUAGACACCAUCAAGACUCUGAUCACCGUGGCUCACACGGACGGAAACUACCUCGGAAAUUCCUGGCACGAGAUUUUGAAGUGUAUCAGCCAGCUGGAGCUCGCUCAGCUCAUUGGAACGGGUGUGAAGACCCGUUACAUUUCGGGAACCGGCCGCGACCGAGAAGGAAGCAUAAAGAGCUACACGUCUGGCGGAGAGGAGUUCAUGGGGCUGGGAUUAAGCACGCUCGUCGGCGGCGGAGUUGAUAAGAAGCAGAUGGCCAGCAUUCAGGAGUCAGUUGGGGAAACCAGCUCGCAGAGUGUGGUCGUAGCCGUAGACAGGAUAUUCACUGGAUCCACCAGGCUGGACGGAAACGCAAUCGUUGACUUCGUCCGCUGGCUGUGUGCCGUGUCUAUGGAUGAGCUGGCCUCCGUACACCACCCGCGCAUGUUCAGCUUGCAGAAGAUCGUAGAGAUCUCUUACUAUAACAUGAAUCGAAUCCGCUUGCAGUGGUCCAGGAUCUGGCAAGUCAUUGGUGAUCACUUCAACAAGGUUGGCUGCAACCCCAAUGAAGAUGUCGCUAUCUUUGCCGUGGAUUCUCUGCGCCAGCUGUCCAUGAAGUUCCUUGAGAAAGAUGAGCUGGCCAACUUCCGCUUCCAGAAGGAUUUCCUAAGGCCCUUUGAGCACAUCAUGAAGAAGAACAGGUCUCCCACUAUUCGGGAUAUGGUCAUUCGCUGCAUUGCGCAGAUGGUGAACUCUCAGGCCGGCAACAUUCGCUCUGGGUGGAAGAAUAUCUUUGCCGUGUUCUACCAAGCGGCCGCGGACCAUAACGGGAAUAUCGUGGAGCUCACCUUUCAGAACGUCAGCCAUAUUGUUGUAAAUGUGUUCCAGCAUCACUUCCCCGCAGCAAUAGAUUCUUUCCAGGACGCGGUGAAGUGUUUGUCGGAAUUCGCCUGCAACGCGUCGUUCCCGGACACCAGCAUGGAGGCCAUCCGCCUGAUCCGCUAUUGCGCCAAGUACGUCUCCGAAAAGCCGCAGGCGCUGAGGGAAUACACCAGUGACGAUAUGAACGUGGCUCCUGGCGACCGGGUUUGGGUGCGAGGAUGGUUUCCUAUAUUGUUUGAACUUUCCUGCGUUAUUAACAGAUGCAAACUGGAUGUGAGGACACGAGGCCUUACCGUGAUGUUUGAGAUCAUGAAGAGCUAUGGCCAUACCUUUGAGAACCAUUGGUGGCACGACCUUUUCCGAAUCGUGUUCCGAAUUUUCGACAACAUGAAACUCCCAGAGCAGCAAACAGAGAAGUCUGAAUGGAUGACCACCACGUGUAACCACGCGCUUUACGCUAUCUGCGAUGUGUUUACCCAGUUCUAUGAGCCCUUAAGCGACGUUCUCCUUGCUGAUAUCCUCACGCAGUUACACUGGUGCGUGAAACAAGAUAAUGAGCAGUUGGCCCGAUCCGGUACCAACUGCCUGGAAAACUUAGUGAUUUUGAACGGAGAGAAGUUUAGCCCCAAAGUUUGGAAUCAGACAUGUGACUGUAUGCUGGACAUCUUUAAAACUACCAUUCCUAGCGUGUUAUUAACGUGGAGACCGUCUGGAACGGAAGACGAUACGUCCGAGAAACGCUAUGAUCUAGAUAUUGAUCGACAGUCUAACAGCAGCAUCGAUCGGAAUCCGUCUGACAGAGCCCACAGCCAAGUGUCCAACACCACGGAGGAGAACUGGAGAGGGAAAUCCAGUGAAAGAAUGGCGGACCAGAAGCUGUUCGCCGGGCUUCUCAUUAAAUGUGUGGUGCAGCUGGAGCUGAUCCAGACCAUCGAUAACAUCGUGUUUUAUCCGGCAACCAGCAAGAAGGAAGACGCCGAGCAUUUUGCCGCUGCGCAGAGAGACGCCCUGGAGAAGGAGAUACAUAUAGACUCCGAGGAGCAGGGGAUGUAUAGAUAUAUGUCCACGCAGCACCUCUUCAAGCUCCUGGACUGUCUACACGAAUCCCAUUCAUUUGCGAAAGCCUUUAACUCCAACAACGAACAGCGAACCGCGCUAUGGAGAGCAGGAUUCAAAGGGAAAUCCAAACCCAAUCUGUUGAAGCAAGAGACCAGUAGCUUGGCCUGCUGCCUGCGAAUCCUCUUCCGAAUGUACACGGACGAGGAGCGCCGGGGCUCCUGGGGUGACAUUGAGCAGAGACUCUUAAACGUGUGCAGCGAGGCGCUUGCCUACUUCAUUACGGUGAAUUCGGAGAGCCACCGCGAGGCCUGGACCAGCCUGCUGCUGCUGCUUCUAACCAAAACCCUGAGGGUCAGCGACGACAAGUUUAAAGCUCACGCUUCGAAGUAUUACCCGCACCUCUGUGAAAUCAUGCAGUUCGACCUAAUCCCGGAACUGCGUGUCGUGCUGCGCAAGUUCUUCCUCCGCAUCGGGGUCGUCUUCAAGGUCUGGACGCCUCCGGAGCGACCGCAAGGAGCUGGCGCGUGUUGAUGUGCGGAACGCUCCCCCCCCCCGGUAGCGCUUCUAGAGACCGGUUACUCGAGCCCCUCUAUCCUGCCUGCGCCCACCGCUGGUAAUUAAGCACGUGUCUCCACUACAGUCCGUGUUCGACAUGAAGGUCAAGGGGUCGGAAUUUGUAUUAUCCAAAAAAAAAAAAAGGCACUUUGUUCUCCAGAAUCCUUUCUUAAAUAUAGUACGGUUUUAACAAAU